UCAGCUCCUGUCCACACCCUCUCAACCGUCUGCUCCACAGCACAACAGCAGCAGUACAGCAGUCGGGAACUACCACCUGCACACUACCAUGUCUUCUGCUGCGGUUGCUAUGCUGGCUGACCCGACUGUCCAGAUCGCUCUGGCGUGCCUGGUGGUGUCUCUCUUCGUUGUGCUGCAGUCGGUCAAAAAGUCCAAGGACGAGCAGACGGUAUACCCGGUCAUCGCCGGGAUGGCCAUCGGCAACCCGCAGUACCGCUGCACGCAGAACGAGGCCCUCGCCGUCGCCUCCAAGUGCCCGGGCCUCGAGUCCAUCAAGCCCGUUCUCGAGCGCAUCUACGGCAACUCGCGCAUCGGCAGCCGCUACUUCGCCGUGCCGGACUUCACCCCCGGCAGGGCGGCCAAGGGCGACCCCCUCUUCUACCCGGCCGACGGCAGCUACCAGGUGCCCGUGGACGUCCGGCUGGACAAGUUCAAGGAGAAGGCCGUCCCGCUGGUGUCCGACGUCGCCCGCCGCGCCAUCAAGGAGGCCGGCCUGAACGUCGAGGACAUCUCCAAGCUCGUCGUGGUCUCCUCCACCGGAUUCCUCGGCCCCGGCCUCGACUGCGAGCUGAUCAAGAACCUCGGCCUGACCCGCUCCGUCGACCGCACCCUCAUCGGGUUCAUGGGCUGCGCCGCCGCCAUGAACGGUUUCCGUAACGCGAACGACUACGUCACCGCCAACCCCGGAAAGUACGCGCUGAUGAUCUGCGUCGAGCUUUCCUCGGUGCACACGACCUUUGACGACAACAUCAACGACGCGAUCUUGCACGCUAUCUUCGCCGACGGAUGCGCCGCUGCCGUGCUCAAGGGAGCCAGGAAGUCGGAGUGCCCCAAGGGAACCCUCGCUAUCGUCGACAACCACGCGUGGCUCAUGGAGGGAACCGAGGACGGAAUCACCCUUGCUAUCAAGCCAAACGGCAUCACCUGCACCCUGUCCAAGUUCCUGCCCCAGUACAUCGCCAAGAACAUCGCCUUCUUCGCGGACGGCUUCCUCAAGAAGCACAAGCUCGGACGCGACGACGUUGACUUCUGGUGCGUGCACCCCGGAGGCCGACGUAUCAUCGAGGAGGCGCAGAACGGCCUUGGCCUCUCGGAGGAGCAGACCGCGGACUCGUGGGCGGUGCUCGGGGAGUACGGAAACAUGCUCUCGCCCUCCGUUAUGUUCGUUCUGUCUAGGGUUUUCAAGCGCCACAACGCCGCGCUCGCACAGGGCAAGCCCGGCUACCAGACGGGUAUGGCGUUCUCCUUCUCGCCGGGUGUCGGGGCAGAGGGCAUCCUUCUCAGGCAGAUCUAGAUUCGCCCGGCGGCGCUUGGCUGACGGACCAAGGCGAGGGGUGGGGCGUGGAAACUAGGCGGCGGUGCGUCGGCCCUGUCGGUGGGAGAGAACCGGCGGGGUUUUUGUUGUUUGGGGGGCGCGCGGUACAGAACGAGGUGUUGUCGUGCAUCAGCUCGCGCGCGUUCAGGGCGUAGGGAGCUCGAUAUCGGGAGCGGGAGGGGCGGCGGCGGCGGCGGCAGCUUAUAACCGCGUCUCCGCUAGACUGGGCCUCGGCCAUCCGCUUGUGUUGGAUUUUAUCGUUGUCGGGGGGUGGGUGGUGUUUUCUUUCUUCACAACUGCCGAGAGCUAUCACGCCAUUUUGCUUCCGCAUCUGCUAGGAAAUCCCGUCACACGUGUAUACAGACGGAAUACUUUCGGCUCUUUUUCUCGAUAUAAUGCCGGGGGGCCGUGAAAGUGGUACAUCCGCCAUGUACCACGUGGGGCUACAAUGCCGUAUCUCUUCACAAGCAAAGGACAAAUGCGUCGGCGCACAUGCCACUUGUUGCUUUAGUGGCCAAGGCGCACGUGUUGCCAAAACGCUCAGCCAUAUACUGCUGUAGUAGGUUCAGGAAAAUGUUGGAAGUAAUUUUUGGUGUUGUGUUUUGUUGUGUUGACUCGUUACGCAAGUGGUGCGGGGUGAGGGUUGGGCGAGAGGGACUAGGCCAGACACUGGCCCCGUUUGUUGAGUUGUCCGUUCGUGUACGCUUUUCUUGUCUGCUCCCUGUCGGGUGUGCUCCUAGUUUCAGCGGUGCCGCAGCUGUGCCCCGGCAAACGCGGUUGCGGCAUGUCCCAGAACAUGUCGAUUAUGGGGUGCUGUGGGCGUCUGUGUAUAAUCCCGACCCUGGCCAUGCCAGUUGGGUGUCGCUGUGUAUCAAACUGUCACCCCUGUCGGUCGGCGUCCACGCUGGUGUGGUUGUUGUUGCUUGCGCCACGCAUCAAGUCAUUCGCCAAGCGAAGCGCCCCGCCUGGUGGCAUCCAUUCCAUCUCCUCUCGGGAAGAGAAAAAAUCUCCCGGAACGACAGAGGAGAACCUUGUGUAACUGCUGUGGCCGCUGUUCGUCGGGUGCGUCUUGGCUUUUUCGGUGUUGUUCUGGACGGAUGUGUGUUGUCCUUGUUUCAUGCUGCUUCCUGCGGCGGCGGUGUUGGAUCACCACCUGAUUGAGUGCAGGUCUCCGCUGGAGAUGGUACGGAAUCUCGCGCAGGAUGACUGCUGUGGUGUGCGAUGGGUGUGUGUACUGAGAGCGGUUGUUGUAUCGCGGGGGGAAGAGAAAUACUGGUUUGUACCCUGACUUUGCGGAACGCACAACCUGUGCUUUGUUCAUGAUGAGAUAACUUUUUCACACUCG